UCCAACAUGGCUUCCACCUUGCUCAAGAACAUCCCUGCGAAAGACUUCAUAGUGCCCCCUCAGAAGCGAGCCGUGGAUUUCUCAGCUGAUAAAAGAAUCCCAGUAAUCGAUUUAGCAGCUCACAACCGUGCCGAUUUAGCCCAGCAAAUCAUCAAAUCCGCCAAGGAAUUCGGGGUUUUUCAGGUGAGAAACCAUGGAGUGUCAGAGAAGGUGAUGGAGGAAACGAUGAAUUUGUACAAACAAGUGUUUAACAUGGGCGAUGAGGAAAAGGCAAUGCUUUACGGUGAAGGAUCUAACAAAAACUGCAGAAUCCAUGCUGGUGGGGAUUAUUAUCUCAACGCAGAGUACCGCAGCUGGAGAGAGAUGCUUAUUCAACCUGUUUCUCCCAUGGAUGAUGAAUCCAUGCAAUCAAAACCUUGGCUUGAAAAGCCUGCCGGAUACCGAGAAAUGGUGAUUGCAUAUACAACAGAAAUGAAGAUGCUGGGACUGAGGAUAUUGGAUCUGAUCGGUGAAGCUCUGGGAAUGGAGGCCGGAUAUUUCGAAAGAAACAAUCUCACUCAAACUCUGAAUAUCGUGGCAAACCAUUAUCCUGUUUGUCCCGACCCAAGUUCCACCAUGGGAUCAGCUCCCCAUUACGACCCAAACCUCAUCACCAUACUUCACCAGCAACUCUUUGGUCUUCAGAUCUUCAACAAUGGCCAAUGGCUUGGCGUCGAGCCUCUUCCUCAUGCGCUUACUAUCAUGGUGUCUUCUCAGUUACAAAUUAUCAGUAACGAUGAGCUGAAAGGUUGUAAGCAUCGUGUGGUGACAAAUUCGAGCGCUGCCCGGGUAUCCAUUGGGACGUUCAUCGGACCUUCCCUUGACGCGGUGGUGGAGCCUGCCGCGGGGGCGGCGCCAGUGUUCAGGCCUGUUCAGUACAACGAGUUUCUUCAACAAUACGCUUCAAACAAAACUGAGUCUGACGUCGUAGGUUUCUGCAAAAUUCAACCUUAAAAUCUGCUCUGUGUGUUUGUGUUAUCCUAGGUUUUAAUCAUUUCAUUUCAAUAAUAAUGGCCAAUGAUCAUGUAAGGCCACUUUGUGUAAUAAAUUCUGCAGAAAUUUGAAAAUCUUACAACAUACAUUUCUUGGGUUGAAUAGAGUUUUUCCACUUCUAGUCCA